AUGGAUGACGGAAAAUCAACGAAACGCUCAAGGGGCCUAUUGGGGCGUGGUGCUUCCGCGAAAAUAUACUCCGCAUUUUGCGUCGAAGAUUCCAAGCUGGUCGCUAUUAAGAUAUUUUCGCGCUCAUCUACAUCCUCCAAUUCGGGGUUCAAUUUUUGCGAACAUGAGCAACGAAUUCUGGAAAACUUGGUUGGAAAGCCACAUUGUAUACAGCUGAUUGAUGCCUCCAUUGCAAGAGAAAUCAUCAUCCUUGAAAGAGGAGAGGCCACCCUUUCGGCGCUAUUGACAUCGGAAAAAAUUGGCGAUCUUCGAUUUAUUGCAUAUUUUUUUCCACAGCCCUCAAACUUUGUCCUAUGCAAAGGGGCAACGUUAAAACUAAUCGAUUUCGGCAUUUCUAAAUGGAUUGUAAACGAGGAUGACGUUGUUCUUGUUGACAAAGACACCCAAAUGGGUACGCUUUCAUAUAUGGCGCCAGAAUCUUUGAAGGUGUCCAUUGUGGAUUUCCCUGUAGCAUCCUCAUUUGUUGAAAUGGGAACCGCAGCUGAUAUUUGGGCGCUGGGGUGCAUUCUUCAUGAAAUGUUGGUUGGAAAGCUGCCGUUCUCCCUUUCAAGCCAAAUAUCGCUAAAAGAAAAAGUUUCCCUAAUCACCAAUGCGGAUUCUCAGGUAGAAAUCCCGGAGUCCCCGCCGUCUCAAACGGAGUCCUCUGAUGGGUGGAGCCAUUGGCGCUCAAUUGCGCUCAAAUGUCUUGUUAAGAAUCCCUGUUUUCGGAUAAAAAUGCCAGAACUCCUUUGUUUAGUUGAGAAAAUUUGGUAA